AUGCGUAGUUAUGAGAUGGUUGACGGUCCACAGGAAUCCUGGGAGGCGUGUCAAACCAACACAAAGUGGAACUUGAAGCCGACUGUAUUGCCAUUCGUUGUGAAGCAUACCUGGACCAAUGACGAUUUUUGGAUCAGUAGGGCUUUCUUUUGA